AUGAACAGAGAUAAAUGGGAUGUUUUAAUAGUUGGAACAGGUAUUUUGGAGUGUAUAGUAGCUGCUGGAUUAUCCUGUAGAGGUUUUUCUGUGCUCCAUAUUGACCCUGCCUCUUCUUAUGGUACCUACUGGAAUACCAUUAAAUUGGACAACCUAAAUAAAUGGCUCACAUCUAAUUGUGACCUAGAUGAUCAUAUGUUUGAUACUAGUCCCUUUUCGAAUAAAUUUGGAUGGGUGAACUCAAGUCACUCGAACUCAAAUUAUCCUUUAAACAAAUUUUGUAUAGAUCUACUCCCAAAAAUGAUAUUUAGUAGGAGUCCUCUAGUUGAUAUUUUACUCUCAUGCAAGAUUACGCAUUAUUUAGAAUUCCAAGGGAUUAAUUAUUUAUCCUUUUGUAAUAUUGAUGACUAUUCCGAGGAUAUGUUCACUACUAAAACACUCUCAAGAGAUGAAGUUUUUGAGGAAGGAUCUUUACACACCAAAUAUAUAUUCCCGGUCCCAAAUAAGUUUAUCAAUAUUCCUUUUUCUAAAAAAACUAUAUUUGCUUCUACAGAUCUUACAUUAUAUGAGAAACGUUCACUUAUGAAACUAUUUAAGGGAAUGUCUCACUUAUUGGAUUCUAGUGCAGGGAAACAAAAGAAAGAUUUAGAUAUUAGGAAUGAUCCAUUUAGAUCCCCAGCUGUAUUAGCAAACUCCAUUGAGAAUAUAAAUGAAUUAGAUUUAGACUUAGUUGUUAAUUCAUGGCCAUUAUUUCAAAAAAAGUGGAAAUUAACAAAUAAAACCUUAGAUAUGGUUAGAUUUUGCAUUGCUCUAAACUUUGAUACUGAAACAAAUAUUAAUUGGCAAAUGGAUGUUGUAAAUCCAAUUGGGAAACUUAUUAGAUCACUAAACCAACAUGGUUGUUCAGGUACACCGUUUUUGUUCCCAUGUUAUGGAGUAUGUGAUAUUCCUCAAGCAUUUUCUAGGUUUGCAGCUGUGAAUGGGGCUGUUUAUAGACUACAUACAUACAUUGAGAAUAUUAAGAAAUGUAAUGAUGGAUGGGAGAUUGAAAUUCGCAAUUAUGAGAUGAAGGAAGCUAUAACCCUAAAAUCUAAACUGUUGAUUGGAUCUCCAAGAUUACUACCUCAAAUAUACGAUGGUCCUAAGCAGGAAAAUGUAAGGCGAAUAUUUAGAAUGUUCGUGAUAACUUGCAAACCACUGAUAGUACAAGAAGAAACUUUUCAGGAGGACAUAUUCUUUGCCUCUAUUAAGAUCAAUCAAACUAAAAAUCCUACAGAUAAUCAUGUAGAAGUAGUUAAUAUAAUGCAAUGUGGCUCUAGUAGUGGAUGCUGCCCAAAAGGCUCUUACAUUAUUAACAUUUGUAAAAUUAUGUCUAAAACAGAAAGUGCAGAGGAAGUUACUAUGAAAUUUGAAAGACUCUUAAGAUAUUUUCUUAAUAGCAGCAAUGAAGUACAAGAUAAUUAUAUAGAUUGUAUUAUUUAUAAAGGAGGAUAUAUAUACAAUAGAGAAUUUCAAGAUCCAAUAUUUACUAAUGAUGGAAUUAUAUAUACUGCUGACCCAUUUAUUGACUUCAGUUCUUUUUUUAUACUAGAUGGAGAUAUUCACAACGCAAUGACCAUAUUACAACAUGCUCUUAAUUAUCUAUAUUUAGAUAAUAAAGAGAUUUUAACUCCAAUUACUUUUAAAAAAGAAGAACUUAUAGAGACUUUAUCUAUCAAGGAACAAUGUAACGACAUGAUAUUUCAGAAAUUUAGGGAAGUAUUUGAAUAG